AUGUCACUGACCCCCAAACAACGAAGGUACUCUAGAAUUGCACCAACACAGGGUUCGACAUCCUCUUUUAUUUCACUUACAGACGAUAAUGUGCGAGAUGUCGAUGACACAGAGGACUCACCACUUCAAGAAGCUGAUGGAUCACCAUUCCAACCCACGAAAGCGUCACAAUCAUUUAGUGAUUUGAAGUUGGACGAGGGUCCCUCUAGGAUUACUGGCCACCUACGGAACCUUGACACUCCUUCAUCAUCAGUUGCAAGCCCAACUUUAGGUGUUACCCAUCCAUCCAAGCUUGGCCGAUCAUCAUUUACAAGCCCCUCAGAGUCAACAGUUUCGGUUUCUUCUGCCUCGAUGAUAUCAACUCCAUCUCGACUUGAUGGGGUUCCACAUUUGCAAGAUGAACAUCUUGGUGACAAGUUUGCCCAUUCGUCAUAUAUCCCCCCUUGGACAGCUCCUUAUAUAAUUGGAAUUGCUGGAAAUUCAGGAAGUGGGAAAACAUCAAUUUCACAACAAAUAAUUCAAGGUAUCAAUCAACCAUGGACAGUGCUUUUAUCGUUUGAUAAUUUCUACAAGUCAUUAACACCCGAGGAGAGUAAAAGGGCAUUUGCAAAUGAGUACGAUUUCGAUACUCCACUGCUGUUGGAUUUGGAUGCAGUUGUUGAGACUGUACGCACAUUGAAAAGAGGAGGUAAAUCGACUAUCCCAGUCUAUUCUUUUGCCAAGCAUGCAAGAACUGACAAGACAAAUACCAUAUAUGGGGCAAAUGUCAUUAUAGUUGAAGGUUUGUACGCUUUGUAUGAUCCCAGAUUGUUGGAAAUGAUGGAUUUGAAAAUUUAUGUUGACACCGACUUGGAUAUUUGUUUGUCACGGCGGUUGAUUAGGGAUAUUCUCUAUAGGGGCAGAGAUUUGAAUGGAGCCAUCAAGCAAUGGACGACAUUUGUCAAGCCCAAUGCUGUCAGAUAUAUCAACCCGACUAAGGAAAAUGCCGAUUUGGUCAUACCUCGAGGAUUGGACAAUACGAUAGCCAUCAACCUCAUGAUCAAACAUAUCAAGAACCAAUUAGCUCUCAAGUCCAAAAAACACUUGGAGAAUUUGAAAAGUUUGGGGUACAGUAUUGAGUUUAAAGUGGAGAAUUAUCCCAAUUUGAAAAUCUUGCCACCCACAAAUCAACUACGAGGCAUCAAUUCAAUCUUGUUCAAUAAGCAAACGUCAAGGGAUGAUUUUAUUUUCUACUUUAAUCGGUUAAGUGGAGUAUUGAUUGAAUAUGCUCAACUGAGUUAUUUCCAAUUUACACCAAAGCAAAUAACUAGUUUUGAGAAGCACUACAAGUUUGAAGGGUUGCAGGCCAAACAGUUGCAAGUGGUUGCCGUUAGUAUCAUUCGAAGUGGCGAUUGCUUCAUGACUUCUUUGAAAAAGACGUUUCCUGAGCUAAGUGUUGGAAAAAUGUUGAUACAAAGCGACUCAUCGACUGGUGAGCCUCAAUUGCACUAUGAGAGCUUACCACAUAAUAUCAACAGCAUAGGCAAGAUAUUGUUGUUUGAUUCACAAACCAUUAGUGGGGCAGGUGCUAUAAUGGCAAUCCAAGUGUUGGUGGAUCAUCAAGUUGAACAGGAGAAUAUUGUAUUUGUGAGUUAUUUAUCGACUGAGAUUGGAGUUAGGAGGAUUUUGAAUGUGUUCCCCAAUGUCAAAUUGGUUAUUGGGAAACUAUCAUCUAUAGACAUACCACAAGUUGAGCAAGAGGGGGAAAAGGAGCCAGAGAAGAGUAGUAAAGAGACGAAAUUGUGGUAUAACGAAGAGCGAUUCUUAGACAGUCACUGGCAUUUUAGAAACAGAUUUAUAGAUAGUUUGUACUUUGGAACAGACUAA